UCGUCCCGGACAUGACCAGUGAUAAAUAGUCAGCGACAUCGUCGAUGAUUACAGAACAUGAUGAAGUCGUCUACGUUGUUGAUGCUGCUGUUCGCCUGCAUUGUUCCUAUAACAGGACUGUUACCAAUCAAGAGCAAACCAAGUCGCUUCUGUCCGAUGUGCUGCGGUCCCCCGCCAUGCUGUAACUACUGUGGGUUUUAUAAAGGGUUAACUGAGAAGAGGGAUUCCCAGAAGCUUAGGGCAGUCCGACCUGGACGGGGUGACAAGUUCAUUGGCCGUCCUUGCUACAACUGUUAUGUGUGUGGGCCAAAGCCAUGCUGCAUUCAAUGCCCUGAUGGUGUUUUGUCUUCAGCAGGAGGAAGACAGUUCCCAGGCGCUUGAGUGCGUAUGUACCCAAGAUCAUCAGAUGAAAUAAACAUGAUUAGUGUGAA